UAUUGCAUUGUGGGUAGAAAUUUAUUUUGUUAUUUAAAAUGGAAGGUGAUACCUGCGAUAUGCAUGCUUUGGAAAAGGAGAAAAAGGAACUAGCUUUAAAGGAUGGGUGUGUAAAGUUAGAUUCAACUAUGCAGCCGGCUGAUAAUAAGGAUUUUGAGAUUGCCCUAACGAUUAAUCCUACAACCGACGACUUUGGUAAUUCACCGUGCUAUCUACCACGGCCAGGCGAUGAGCUUCUCUCCAAAGAUGUGCUCAAACCAAUGGGACCCAUAGGCCCAUGGGCAACAGGAAAAGUAGAUUGGAACCCACUGGCUGGCUUAACAGGAACACGUCCAAUUGUGGACCGCUACUCAAUAACGCGUUUCAGUCAGAAUGAAUGGCGAGCAAAAAACAAAGAAACUAUGCAGAAAACUAAUGACACUUUUGAUAAAGCUAUUAAAAAUCAGUACAGUUCGAAAAUAGCUUUCAAGGGAAUCACUGAAAAGGUCCAGAAGACACAGGCGGAAACGACAAAAAACCUAACACAGCGUGCUCAACUUGUAGGUAAAUGGAAGACUACGCUCGAGACAGCUGUAAAAAAUUUGGUAGACGAAAUAAGCACUCUAGAGGAGGAAAGAAUCCGUUUGAAAAAGUCGCUGGUUAUUUUAGGAGUUCCAGAAUCGAUAG